AUGGCAACAACUGCAGCACCUGCCAAACUAUGUGCUGAGCUGCUUCUGGAUGGGUUUCCUCUGGAGCUGGUGGAUGGAGACGCGUCCAACAUACCUCUGAGAUGGGUGAGUGAUGUGCUGCAUCAGCUCAAUGUCUUGGUGCAGCCAAAGAACAAGAUCCUGGUGGUAACCGUUCUAGGUGUUAUUUAUUUAUUAUUUAUUUAUUUUAUUUUAUUUUAUUUUAUUCAGAGCACAGGAAAAUCUACUCUACUGAACACUAUGUUUGGAGCGCAGUUCACAGUCAGUAGCGGCAGAUGCACAAGAGGGGCCUUCAUGCUUCUCAUCAAAGUCAAAGACGACUUCAGGAAAGAGCUGAACUGCGACUUCAUAGUGAUCAUCGACACAGAAGGACUGAAGUCUCCAGAGCUAGCGCAGCUGGAUGACAGCUAUGAGCACGACAAUGAGCUAGCCACAUGCGUUGUCGGGCUGAGUGAUGUCACAAUGCUCAAUAUUGCCAUGGAGAACUCAACCGAGAUGAAGGACAUCCUGCAGAUCGUCGUCCACGCUUUUCACCGAAUGAAAGCGGUGGGAAAGAAACCCAAGUGCCAUUGUCCACCCGAAAAUGGCAGAUCUCGGCACAUGACAAGAACAUGAGAGACUGGAAAAUGCUCUUGGAGCAAUUGAAUGAGAUGACCCAGGCAGCAGCCAGAAUUGAAAACCAGGAGGAGAACAAGAGCUUCACUGAUGUGAUGGAGUACAACCCAUAG